AUGGACGUCGUCCUCCCCACUCCCCCAGCACAAGUACAGCAGUUCUCUCACCACCGGCCACCUUCUCACCACAUUGCAAAGGCCGACCUCGACUUUUUGUCUCUAAUCUCCUCCGACUCUCCCUCCGGUAACUCAUCCCCGGCCACCACCGGCAGUAGUAGGAAAGGCAAUACACGCGACCAGGCAUUCGACGCUCUCCUCCUUCAGGCCGUUAUCGCAGGCAGCGCAGCCGACCUCACACGCCAUCACAUUGCUCACGGUGCCAUCAUGAACACGGGCGCCUACGCAUCCUGCGACCAGAGCCGUCCCUCCACCCCCAAUGGCCGGCCCGUUCCUAAUCGGCAACCUCAGCAGCAGUCGCAGCCCCAGCCGGCCCCCAUCCCCCCGUCUAGGCAAGCACCUCGCUCCGUUCGCCUUCAGGCCGAGGUUGCCCAGCGGGCCCAGCUCGCCGCUGCUGCAGCCCACGUACCAGUGCCCACCAAGAACAGGACACGGCGCAUGUCAACUGACCCAUCACCCAUCGUCCAGGUCCUGCAACAGGCAUCACCGGCGCACGUCAACUUUUACCACGGGCGUGGCAUGCCGCUUGCCAAGCCGCAGGGCAAGGCAAGUGUGCGCUGCAUGGCCCGUACGCGUGUCCCCACACCGCACGGCGAGGUGUUCCUCCACCUCUAUCACAACAGCCACGACGGCAAGGACCACCUCGCCAUGGUGACAGACCCCAUCCAGCUCGACCCCGCCGCAAGGCGUGCCGCACCAAAGGGCCGCCGCGAGAUCCGCUCGCGUACCCUCGAUGCGUGUUGGCGCGACGGCGAGACGAACGUGGAGCGCGUCGUGCGCGGCGCAUACGUCGGCCGGCUCCAGCCCGGGUCAGAGGGACAAGCGUCCGUCCCGAAGAGCGCAGUACAGUACGCCGCCGAGGACGCUGGGGAGUACGACGACGACAACGAUGCCGACUGCCUUCCGCUCGUGCGGAUUCACUCAGAGUGCUUCACGGGCGAGACGAUUGGGAGCAUGCGCUGCGACUGCGGCGAACAGCUCGACGAGGCGAUGCGCCGUAUCGCCGAGCCCCAGACUGUCGGCAAGGCCGACUACCUCCCCACGCCUGAGGCAUCGCGCGCACCGAGCCCCGGCGACACGAACGGCUCAUGCCCUCUGGUCCCGGGGCGUGGUGUGGUCAUCUACAUGCGGCAGGAGGGACGAGGCAUUGGGCUACUCGAGAAGAUCCGCGCCUACAACCUCCAGGAUCUGGGGCACGACACGGUCACUGCCAACCUCAUGCUCGGACAUGGCGCUGACGAACGCUCGUAUGCUGUGGCUGCCGAGAUCCUCCGCGACCUCGGGCUUGCGGGCGACGAGGCGCUUGGCCGCGGCGGCGUCCGUCUCCUCACCAACAACCCUGAGAAGGUUGAGGGCCUCUCAGCCGAGGGUAUCCGUAUCGCCGAGCGCGUCGGCAUGGUCCCCCGUGACUGGCAGUGCAAGCACUCGACGCCAAAGCGGGAAGCGAUGGAGCUCGACGACGAGGAGACCGAGUAUGGCGAGUGGCGGGCGAGACGCGCCGGCGUUGGGCUGCUGGGUGCGACGACGACGCGCGGACCAGAGCUCGAGAAGUACCUUCGCACAAAGAUUGAGCGGAUGGGCCACAUGAUUGAGAUUCCCGAGUAG